AUGGCGCCGGAGAUGGAGAGCAGCCGCAACGCGAAUCAUGUGAAUGGGUUCACCGGAAAUGCAGAUGACUCCAGAGACACGCCCGAUCCUCACAGCAACCAAUCACAUACUCCACGGGACGAAUUUCUUACCGACCACAGUGUCAUUCAUGAGCACUAUACAGGCCCAGGUCCAUUGAAGAACGGUGCGGGGCACAACCCAGACUGGCCAGAUUCCUACGAUGAUUCCAACGCUAAAAGCGCAGAUCCGGUUCGGCAAGAGGAUAUCCCAUUACCAUCAGUGAAAAUUGAGCCAUGCGGUGAUGACUACCAAUAUAGGCCUAUCUUCGAUGGUUCGAACGAUCAUCCAACUCCGAAGACAUUGGCAAACCUCAAAAGCGGGAAGACUUCACGAGCGUCACCAGCCUCUGAUCGGUCGUCACCUGCUUUAUCCGUCAAACAACCCGGUGGCAAAAAGUCAGGGUCGUCGAAUCGCAAGAACGGGACCUCACGAGCGUCCUCCGAUCGGUCGUCCCCAGCUAUUUCCGUCAACCUCUCCGCGAACAAAAAAGCAUCAGCAGCGACCAAGAAGGGUACCGCCAAAAAGCCAGCGCCGAAAAAGCGCAAAUUGAAUGAUGUGGAUGCGGACAGUCUAGAUGGACGCUCCAACACCCCGGCAUCGCGCACAAGCAAGACCCCGGGACGGAAACAAGGUUCGGUGUCAGUCGCUUCAUCCCCGGUUCCGGAAGAGAAGAAAAAGCCCAAGCCGCGCGGGAAACGUCGGACAGAAGAGGACGUAGAUAUGGAGGAGGAGGACGAUGAGGACGACGAUCAACUCUACUGUAUCUGCAAAAAGCCCGACAAUCACGACUGGAUGGUCGCAUGCGAUGGCCCGUGUCAAGACUGGUACCACGGGAAAUGUGUGAAUAUUUCUCCCGAGGAUGAGGAGUUGAUCGAUAGAUACAUUUGCCCUCUCUGCGUCGACAAAGGCAUUGGAGUUACCACGUGGAGGCCAAAAUGCCGCCUCAGCGAUUGUCGUAAACCGGCACGCGCUACUUGUAAACCGCCCAGCAAGUAUUGUUCCGACGCGCACGGCCAAGAGUUCAUGCGCCGCCGGAUUGAGAGCUUAAAACUAGGCCCGCAACAAACACCUGACCUAGGCAGUAUGGGAGGGAUCAUCACACCCGGGGACCUCAAGGCUGUUCUCGCGAGUGUGAAGUCAGUUGACGAAUUCCGCAACCUAGGAAAUCGGAUCCUAGCAACGCCAGCACCGUCUGACGGCUCCGAGGGCUCGACGAAUGGAGAGGCGCAUAACAAUAUCAGUAAGACGCCGGGACUCGGGGUCGAAGCCCAGAAUAUCGAUUAUUCCGCCGAUGAAUUGGCCAAGCUCGAGAAGAUCCGCAAAGAACGAGAAGAGCUUCUUCACCGGAAGGAAAUGUUAGCAGCCCGGUCGACUUUCGUGGGACUGCUGCGCCAGCGAGCGAAAAGCCUUGUAGAGAAGCUUAAGGAGCUUGAUCCCAAGGGCGGGUGGAAAGAUAUCUGCGGGUUCGACUCGCGGCUGUCGUGGUCCGACGAGGAGUUCGAUGAAUGGCGACUUUCCGACGCUGGCAAGGAGGCGCUGGAACAGAACACCAUUGAAGCUUUCGCGGCCAGUUAUCCGCGAACAACGGACGCAGACGGCGACGCGUCGAUGGGGGCUGAGGAGGACGACCAGAUCGCUUACUGGACCCGGGGAGUCUGCAGCAAGAAACGCUGCGAGCGGCACAAACAGUGGAUCAAGGUCCAGCAACAGGAUAUUUUCUUCGAGGAAAACGCGGUCAACCAAGGCCUCGCGCAGAAUGAACAGAAAUCGCGCACAUUGAACGAGCGAGCUGUUCUAAGGAUGUGGGCGUAG